AAUUUAAUUUAAUUUUUUGGCAAAUUUUAUUCGUGAUUUGUUUAUGGGGAGUGUGUGGCGUCGCCGCCAUUAUCUCCGGCGAAGCAAGAAAAUUUACAAACUUUCUUAAUUACAAUUACUUUUGCUAAUGACACAGUUUCCACCUAUAUCACAAGCAUUUCACAAACUAACACUUGUAUUGAAAUCAUGCAAAAAAACUUCAGAAAUUCGUCAAAUUCAUUGCUACAUGAUCAAAACAUCUCUCACCAAUGUUCCUUUUACUCUAAGCAAGCUUCUUGCUGCGUCAAUUUUAGACAUGGAUUAUGCAUCCACCAUUUUUAGUUAUAUUCAAAAUCCUAAUCUUUUCAUGUUUAAUUCAAUGCUUAGAGGCUAUUCAAUUAGUAAUUAUUCAAAUAAAGCUUUGCCCAUUUUUAAUGAUGUUAGGAAUAGUGAAAUUGAGCUUGAUCAGUUUUCUUUCGUUACCGUGCUUAAAGCUUGCGGUCGAAGUUUAGAGGUUGGGUUUGGUAGUGGGGUUCAUGGGAUUGCAAUGAAGUCUGGGAAUAGGUUGUUUGUUGAUGUGAAUAAUACCCUUUUGCAAUUUUAUUGUGUUUGUAGAAGAAUUGAAGAUGCACAUAAGGUGUUUGAUGAAUUUCCUGAAAGAAAUGAUUUGGUGUCUUGGAAUAUUUUGAUGGGGGGGUGUGUUCUUGUUUCUCAUUAUAGUUUGGUUUUUGAGUUAUUUUUGAAGAUGUGUUGUUGUGGGAUUAAAGCUAGUGUUGCCACUAUGUUGAGUCUUCUGUCUGCAGCUGGUGAUAUAGGGAACUUUGUCUUGGGGAAGUCUCUUCAUGGUUACUGUAUAAAAAUCGGAUUCAUUUAUAAUUUAAAUGUUGUUACUGCAUUGAUUGAUAUGUAUGCAAAAACGGGUCGUAUCUAUUUGGCUCGAAAAGUUUUUGAUGGCGUUGUGGAAAAGGAUGUUGUCUUAUGGAAUUGUUUAAUAAGAAUUUAUGCAAGGAAUUGCCUGGUUGAAGAUGCAGUGGCAUUGCUACAGAAAAUGAGACACGAAAGAGUGAAACCUAACUCUUCUACUUUGGUUGGGUUGCUUUCAGUGUACCCUGCAUCCGGGUCUAUGCAAGGAAUUCGAUAUGUUACUAGUUUGGUUGAAGAGGAGAAACUAGAACUAGAUGUGGUUCUUGGAACGGGUCUUGUUGAUGUGUAUGCUAAAUGUGGCUUUCUAGAUGACGCCAUGGACAUAUUUGAGAGGAUGGAAUAUAAAGAUGUGAAAUCUUGGACAGCUGUGAUUUCAGGUCAUGGGAUUCAUGGGCAGCCAGUUAAUGCCAUAAGGCUUUUCAAUAGGAUGGAGAAAGAGGGGUGUAGACCAAAUGAAGUAACCUUUUUGGCAAUUCUUACUGCGUGUAGUCAUGGAGGACUUGUUAUUGAGGGGAUGGAGAUUUUUAAGCGCAUGGUUCAAGAACAUGGCUUUUCACCGCGGGUUGAGCAUUAUGGAUGUCUUAUUGAUCUCUUGGGUCGAGCAGGUAUGCUCCACGAAGCAUUUGAGCUAAUCAAGAGCUUGCCAAUUAAGGGUGAUGCUACUUCAUGGCGCACACUGCUUUCUGCUUGCCGAGUCCAUGGAGAUGUUAAAUUGGGGGAAUGUGUGAGAGACGUGCUAAACAACUUUUAUAGAGCUCAUCCUACAGAUUCCCUUCUCAUUUCUAGCACUUAUGCCGUUGCUGGAAGAAUCUCAGAUCUUACAAGUAUGCAAGAAAUGAAGCAAACAAAUGUUAUGGUGCAUGAAACAGAGGGAGAACAUGUGGUAAAGGAGGCUGCAUUCAGCAGAGUUGAAAUUGAUAACUAGGGAUGAGAACACGAAAGGUUUGUGAAGAAGUGUUGUUUCUAUUGCACAAAAUUGUGGCUUCUGUGGUGCGCCAAAAUCCACAUGAAAUGUCUGAACAUAUAGACAGUCUUCCCUUGUAACACACAGGAAGCGAAAAUGGCACAUACAAUUUUGAUAUUUAUUGCUAGUUGGUUCCAUCUUUGCUUGUGUGGAAUGGCUCACACCUUCCCAGUUUUGAUCCAAUCAAUAUACCGUGGCGCAACAAAACUAAAUGAGGCCUUCAAUGAAACAUAAUGAGGGUAAAAUUGAGCCAUCAUAACCAAAGGAAGCAGAGACUAUUGGAGUUGGUGAAAGGUCCAUUACUUCCUAUACUAUUUACAUGAUAUAGUUCUAGCUAGUUUGAAUUGAGUUUGUAUCCUCAGUUCGGCUGAGGCAGUUCAUUGUUUCCAAGUCAAUCAAUAACAUGGAGGAAAGAAAUAUUGCCUAUUGCCUCUGUUCGUCUGAGAGGCUUGAGUUUUUUUUGAAUCAAGUCUUGGUAUAUCUUUGAUCUUAUACUUUAUUAGCUGAAAUAUGUAUACUUUCUUCUGUUGUAGUUCUUUUACUUUCAAGAAGCUCGUUGUUUAAACUAUGAAUCAAAAGUAUUAAAAAUCCUCAUAUUAUCUUGCUCCACAAAUAUUUUAUCUCAAUGUCACUUGUUUUACGUUUUUCCGAAACUGUUUCUUGUUCUUUUGUUCUGUUCAUAUAUACCUUUGGCACGCUGAACUUUCAAUUGAAUUAAGAUUAAUACCUAAUGUUAGCUAAGUGCUCACAUAAAUUUCGAAUGAGAUGACUAAUUGCAUUUAAUAUACCAUUAUUACUACAUAUAGUUGAUAAACUUGCUGCUUUAUUUUAGAUUCUUGGGGGCAUUACUUUAGCAAUUACCAUGACAAAGCACAUAUAUUGAGUUUUAAAGUGUUACAAUCAAGAUUCACACUAUGCACAUUGCGGAUAUUGCAUCGAUAUAUGAUGUAUAUGCCGCAUAGUUAAUUAGUUAGCUAGUUUGUUGGGGGUUGAGAUAAUUAGAGAAAUAAAGUAUGUUGCUGAUAAAUAAGAGGAGUUGAGAGGGACUAUUGAGUGAUAUGUGAGUUAACUGGGGUCUUAGAAUUGGGAGUUUAGAGACUAUUUUUGUUUUUGUUUUUAAUAGCCAAAUUUUAUUGAUAGAAACCAUUCCAAGCAUAAGAAAUGCCUAGAAAUGGGAAGAAAAGUACAUAAACACAGUACACGACAACCUCCCUAAAACACCAGAGGUGCACCUAUAAACCACAAACAGCAAAACAAAUAAAAGAUCAACACAAAAUUACAACACGUAACAGCUCCACCGAAAUCAAAAAACACUUCAAACAGCAAAUACUCGAAAAGUGAAGCUCAAAACAGAUCAGGAAAUAGAAUCGCAUUGACAGCCUCGGUGAAGAGAAAUUAACGACCCAAACAAGGAGUUUAGAGACUAUUGAAAGUCUGCAUUGUUGUUCUUACAUUAUGAGGAAUUUUCUCUAUUCUUUCUAGUAAGA